AUGAAUCUGAAAAUGGCAGAUCUUCAGCUACCAACUACUCUCGAGUCUGUUGAAGAGCAUACUCGAGCUACGAUUAAGACACUCUUCGCCUUUCUUCAUGCUCAAGGCCAGGGUGACUACCUUGGAGAGCGAGUGACGCAACUUGAACAUUCGUUGCAAUGUGCAGAGUUCGCAGUCAACUCGGAAGAGUAUAGGAAUGAUCCAGAGGUCAUUCUUGCUGCUUUGCUGCAUGAUGUUGGGCGCUUUAUUCCAGCCGCGGAGAAGAUGGAAAAGAUGAUUGCCCCAGAUGGCAAGUAUAUUGGUCGGAUGAGCCAUGAGAUCAUAGGCGAGUCUUAUCUGCGCCAGAUAGGAUUCAGCGAGAGAAUCUGUCAAUUGGUCGGAGCUCAUGUCAUGGCUAAGCGGUAUCUUGUCUCUACGGAUGAAAAAUAUCAUGAUGGGUUGAGUGAGACUAGCAAACGCACUCUGCGUUUUCAGGGAGGUGCCUUCACUGAGAAGGAGAUCUCAGAGUCUCAGAAAGAUCCAUGGCUACAGGCAAAGCUUGCAGUCAGACGAUGGGAUGACCUGGCCAAAAACCCAGACUGUGUAGUGUCUCCGCUUGAAGUCUAUGAAGAGAUUGCUUAUCAAUGUCUACUGGAAUCACGGUCAAAGUUCACUCUCCAUUCAAAGGAGUAUCAAAUCCCAACUCAACCAACUGUGGUCAUUUGCAUCGAUGGAUUCGACCCAGAGUACUUGGAAUCGGGACUCAAGGGAGGUCUCUUGCCUGCAAUGAGAAAGAUGGUUGAUAAUGGCUUUCAUGCAACCGCUAAAAGCUGUAUGCCAUCUUUUACGAAUCCCAACAAUGUGUCCAUUAUCACGGGCGCACCGCCAUCCAUCCACGGCAUCGCAGGGAAUUUCUACCUUGAUCGAGAAUCUGGCGAGACGAAAAUGAUCGUCGAUGAUUCCUUGCUUCGAGGCUCCACUCUGCUUGAGCAAAUGUUCCAGAGAGGAGUACGAGUCGGCGCUAUCACCGCAAAGGACAAGCUUCGCAAAAUCCUCGGACAUGGUUUGAAUGGAGCAAUUUGCUUCUCAGCUGAAAAAGCAGCCAGUUGCACACUGGAGAAGAAUGGAAUUGAGAAUGUUGAGUCGUGGUUGGGUCAGCCGGCUCCAAGUCAAUACUCCGGCGAGCUGUCGUUGUUUGUUUUGGAUGCUGGAGUGAAGCUUCUACAAGAAAAAAGGUGUGACUUUUUAUACUUGACGCUCUCGGAUUUCAUCCAGCACAAACAUGCUCCCGAAAGUAAGGAGGCCGAUGAAUUUAUGCAUGCCAUCGAUGAAAGACUGCAGAAAUUAGUCUCUUUGGCUCCUGUUGUUGGAGUGACUGGUGAUCAUGGUAUGAGCCAGAAGUCAAAUGAACAGGGUGAGCCGAAUGUACUGUUCCUUGAAGAAACCCUGAACAGUACAUUCGGCCAAGAGGCUACUCGAGUCAUUUGUCCUAUAACGGACCCGUUCGUACGACAUCAUGGAGCUCUUGGAUCCUUCGUCCGAGUCUACUUGAAGGACAUCACAAACCUCGAUGCCAUGUUGGCAUUUUGCCAGUCUCUUCCUGAGAUUGAAGAGGCACUCAGCCGGGAAGAUGCGGCCAAUAAAUACGACAUGCCUUUUGACCGGGAGGCCGACAUCGUCGCUAUUUCCAAGUCCCAUGUUGUACUGGGUAGCAAAGAAUCGGAUCAUGAUCUCUCCAAAGUCAGGGACCACCCGCUGCGAUCGCAUGGAGGACUCAGCGAGCAGCAUAUUCCGGUGCUUACGUCCAAGCCAGUAAAGAAUCAGGCGACUGCUUUGCAAAAGAGCUGGAGAAACUAUGAUAUUUUUGAUCUUGUUCUCAACUGGGUGUCGUGA